AGUACGUUUUAUAAUCAGGAAUCUUCGGAUGCUUGCGGAAGUGGCACCUUAAUAAUGGCGACCGGAGCAGAUCAAGCUGUUGGCUUUGGACUUGUUGGCUUUAGUCUGUUACUGUUCACAUAUUACACCAUUUGGGUCAUAGUCUUGCCAUUUGUAGACAGCGAUCAUGUGGUCCACAGCUACUUUCUUCCACGGGAAUAUUCAGUCAUACUUCCUGGAGUUGCAGCAUUAAUCCUCUUACUUGUUGUUGGCACCUUCAUAGGGGUUGUAACAUGGAAGAAUCGAAAACCUAGGAAAGUUGAUUAAGAUUCUCCAGGUUGUCAUGAUCUGCUUACAAGAACCAAUGGUGUUAUUUUAACUCAUGUACCUUCACCUGUACACAGCCACGAGAUGAUGUAUUCCAGUCUGUUGGAUGUUAAUGAAUUAGAUUUCAUUAGGAGGCCAAAUCACUACUGAACAUGUAGUCAGUUGAACAGUAGUCAACUUGAACAGUGGCUGCGAACUUGAUUUAACUUCAAAGAAAUCUUUCCAUAGUCAGGAAAAUAAACUCAAUCUGCACCUUAAGACUUGGGGAAGAUGUGUGUACUUUGUACCUGGAUGAGGGCUUAAUGGGAAAUAGUGUGGUUUUGGUUUGUUUGUUUUCAUGCUUUAUGUUGAGAAAUGAUUGGACUAGAUGCGUCAAUGUCUUGUGUUGUAAAUAGACUUAAUUUUAAGGUAUAAUGUUAGAAGUUACUCAUUUAGGACAUCCGCUAUAAAACCCCAUAUUUAAAUAAAAUGGUAAUAUGUAAACCUG